GAGCAUGCGCACGGGCUCUGCGGCGGGCGAGCGCGGUGUCGGCGCGGGGACGCGGGGCGGCGUGAAGCCGGGCCCUUUGCCGCCCCGCGCUCCCAUGUACGCCUUUUACUCACUGCUCAUCUACAUCUUCUACAGCCUCUUCCGCAGGGAUGGCGGGGCCACGGCGGCCGCCGACGCUGAAAACCCGACCCAGAGCGACCGCUGUAAGCCCGGGAAUCGCCGCCGCGCCUACCAGCCAACCGCUGAGCUGUGGACCGAGCUGACCGGCCUGGUCGGCUCUUCGGAGGCCGAGGAUGAGUCGGGAGGGGGAGCCGAGCGCUGUCCGGCAGAGGUCUCCCUGGAAGAGGCUCUCGUGCGUCUCGCCGAGUUCCUCUCAGUCCAGCUGGGGGCGGAAGAGAGCUUUGGGACUCCUCCCGACCUGAGCAAGCCCGGUGAUGUUCCCCCACUGUUGACGGUGACUGGUCAACUCUUGGCUCUCCUGGCAUGGAUUCGAAGUCCCAGGGGCAGGCAGGCCCUGUCCCAGGGGACACAGCCUGUCUCAGGGGUGCAACACCCUCCUCCUGCUGGAUCCCCAUUGCAAGAAGAAAGCCCUUCCCUUUCACAAAGGGGCGAGGCCCAGGGACAGCAGCCUUCUCAGCUGGAGGAGGACCAGAGGGCUUGGCAGCGGCUGGAACAGCUCAUCCUUGGACAGUUGGAAGAGCUGAAGCAGCAGCUGGAACAUCAGGAGGAGGAGCUGGGCCAGCUGCGCCUGGGAGUGGGAGCAACAGACUCAGAGAAAAGGGUUCAGCAUCUGACUCUGGAGAACAAAGCCCUGAAACAGAGCUUGAGCCUUACUCAGGACCUCCUGCUGCACUGGGGCCCUGCCCCCAACACCAGGGCCCCCCAGGAGGAGGCAGAAGCCCUGCUGGAGCUCCGGGGGCGGCUUCAAGAAGCCCAGGACACCACGGAAGCCCUCCGAGUCCAGCUAGGGGUGCAGGAGGUGCAGCUGCAGGGCCUUCAGGGGGCCCUCCGGCAGCUCCAGCAGGAGACUGAGCAGAACUGCAGGAGAGAGCUGCAGCAGAUGCGAGGGCAGCUGGCAGGACUUCGUGCUCGCAUGGCCAGCCUGCGUCAGGGCUGUGGGGACCUCCGGGGACUCGUCAGCACCUUUACCCAGAGCUGCCAGGGUUCUCUGAGCGAAGCCCAGGGACAGGUUUCCUGGGCUCUGGGGGCACUGUCAGCUGAUGGGGCUGGGACUCAGCUCGCAGAGGUGCGGCAGGGGCCUCUGCCUGGAUGCCCAGGGCGGCUGCUGGAGCUCAAGGGAAACAUCCGUGUGCUGUGUCGGCUGAGGCCAGGGACACCCUCCAGCCUGGUGAGCUUAGAGCCUGGCCCGGGUGGCACUGUUACCACCUGCUAUCGAGGGCACCAGCGUCGCUUCCGCCUAGACUGGGUCUUCCCUCCGCACGCCAGCCAGGAGGAGGUCUUCAGGGAGCUGGAGUCUGCUGUGCUGUCCUGCCUCGGGGGCUACAGUGUCUGCAUUUUCACCUACGGUCAGACAGGGACGGGGAAGACCUACAGCAUGGAGGGCCCGCCUGAGGACCCCGGCAUCGCUCCUAGGGCGCUGCAGUCACUGUUUCGGGAGAUGGGCACAGGCGGGCAGCACCGUGUGACCCUCAGCAUGGUGGAGAUCUACAACGAGGCUGUCAGGGACCUCCUUGCCCCAGGGCCUCCCCAGCGCCUGGCAGUGAGGCAGGGCCCAGCAGGCCAGGGGGGAAUCCAGGUGGCCGGCCUCACCCACUGGGACGUGCCCAACCUGGAGUCUCUGCACCAGAUGCUGAGCCUGGGGAGGAGUAACCGGGCCACCGCCGCCACCGCCAUGAACCAGCGCAGCUCUCGCUCGCAUGCCCUGGUCACGCUGACACUGCGCACAGCGUCCCCAUCGCGCGGUCCCGGCACCGCAGGUACUUCGGCGCCUGAGCCCUGUUGGGGGCCUCACUGCACCCACGCCGGGCUUCCGUCCACGCCGGGCUCGCUCGCCCCUGCAGGCACGCUGCACCUCGUCGACCUGGCGGGGUCCGAGCGCGCCUGGAAGGCGGGGGCGGCCGGCUCGUCUCAGGAAGACCGGGACGGCGCCCAGCGUCUACGGGAGGCUCGGACUAUCAACCGCUCGCUGCUGGCGCUGGGAGGCGUGAUGGCCGCGCUGCGGGCCCGCCGGCCCCACGUGCCCUUCCGCGACUCGCAGCUGACUCGCCUGCUGCAGCCGGCGCUGGGCCCGGGCGCCACGGCGGUGCUGCUGCUGCAGAUCUCCACGCGGCCCGAGGAUCUCGGCGAGACGGUGUGCUCGCUCAAGUUCGCCGAGCGUGUGGGCCGAGUGGAGCUGGGGCCGGCCAGGCCCCGCAGGGCCCCCCGCUCCGGGACGCCCUCCUCCCUGAGCACCGACACACCACUCUCCGGGACUCCCUGCACCCCUACGCCGUCGCCCGGCAGCCCUCCAAGCCCCGGCCUAGACAGCGGCUCCAGCUCGGCCCUGGCACCACCGGAGGACCUGCCUUCCUAGUCCUGCCCAAGGAGCCUGGGUCACAUCUCUGCGGGCAGAGGCAGCAAAAUCCCUAUUCCCUCAUGACUUCCUUGACCUCUGGGGGCCGCUGCCCCCUAGACUGCUGGAGCCCACCCUCCUCUCCCACCCUGGAGGAGUGCUCUGCCUGGGGUAAUUAUCACACCUCCCCCCCCCCACCCGCCCCCCUUAUCACCAUCUGCUGUUAUCAUAGCGCACAGCAGGGGAUCCCAGGGCCACAGAGGCAGACCGCGGCCAAGUGGUCACCAGAGUCACUAUCUCAUCAGACUUGCGUUGAAAUGUUGUCUAUUCCUUUACUGUUACCUCCCCACCACCAUCACCAAAGCCAAGGAGGGUCUCCAUUCUCGAUCCCCUUCCCCCCAAAGGUGCUUCCUCUUUCCCAGGCAACAGCUGAGGGAGGACAGGGCUUUAGGCUGGAGCCCCAUUAGGUCUUCCCUCCCCCAGCCCGAGCCAGGGAGGGGAGGUGACAGCUGGUGAUGGAUGGAGAGAUGGAUGGAGAGCUGGAGAAGGUGGGACCAGGAAGGGUAAUGGAAGGGCUACUUUAGGCAGAGCCCUGCUCCAUCCAGCCUUGCCUCUAGGGGUAGGAGAGACAGGACUAACCACCAGGGCCUGGUGAUGCCCUGCUGGGCCACAGCUCUUCUGGGGCAGCCAAUAAACAUGUGGACUCGCA